AUGACGGGAAUAUCGGAAUUAACAAAGUAUUUACAGUGCACUAAAACUUUCGACAAGCUUAAAUUGUUAAAAUUGGGGGGUGGUUGUGCUUUAGCGGAGUUAAAAGUCGAAGAAGAGCAUACGAAUUCUCUAGGGGGGCUUCAUGGUGGUUUUUCAGCAACUUUGGUGGAUAUGGUGUCUACGUAUGCCCUUUCGACACAUCGGAAUGGAGAUUACCCUACAGUUUCAGUUGAUAUGUUUAUGAGGUGA